GACAAUUGUAGGGGUUGCUGGCCUCAUCUUGCUCCUGGUAGCCCUGCUGGCUCGUGUCCUGGUCAAAAGAAAACCACCCCGGGACCCACUGUUCUAUGUGUAUGCAGUUUUCGGAUUUACCAGCGUGGUGAACCUCAUCAUAGGCUUGGAACAGGAUGGAAUCAUUGACGGGUUCAUGACGUACUACUUGAGAGAGGGUGAACCGUAUCUGAACACUGCGUAUGGGCACAUGAUCUGCUACUGGGACGGCUCUGCUCAUUAUCUGAUGUAUCUGGUGAUGGUGGCUGCCAUAGCAUGGGAGGAGAGUUAUAGAACUAUUGGCCUCUAUUGGGUUGGAUCUAUUAUCAUGAGCAUUAUUGUUUUUGUGCCAGGAAACAUUGUGGGGAAGUAUGGAACCCGCAUUUGCCCUGCUUUCUUCUUAAGCAUACCAUAUACUUGUCUUCCUGUCUGGGCUGGUUUCAGAAUCUAUAAUCAGCCAUCAGAAAAUUAUAAUUAUCCCUCAAAGGUCAUUCAAGAAGUCCAAGCCAAGGACCUGCUGAGAAGACCAUUUGAUUUAUUGUUGGUCGUGUGUCUCCUCCUGGCAACUGGAUUUUGUCUGUUUAGAGGCUUGAUUGCUUUGGAUUGCCCAGCUGAGCUCUGCCGAUUUUAUACACAAUUUCAAGAGCCCUACCUAAAGGAUCCUGCUGCUUACCCUAAAAUCCAGAUGCUGGCCUAUCUCUUCUACUCUGUCCCUUACUUUGUGAUUGCGCUUUAUGGCUUAGUGGUUCCUGGAUGCUCCUGGAUGCCUGACAUAACACUGAUGCAUGCCGGAGGUCUAGCUCAGGAUGGAAAAGCAGAGAUUUAAUCAUCCAAAUGUGGAAUGUCUACAGUCAAAGCUAACAUCAAGUAUGACAAUACAAAAAGCAUACUACUUUUUGUUUUUCUAGUAAAUACAGUAUAAUUAUUGAAAUGUAGUAAAUGCUUUAUGUAGUAAUUCUCAAAUAAUAGUCUCUGGCCUACAGUUCUUAGAGGUAAUAAUACACAACUCCCUAAAGUUCACGAUGCUCACCAAGGAUCCUAACGAGCAACCCCACAGUGACAUAUCUGUAAGUACCAUAGUCUGGCACGUGGACCAGAAUUAGGGCACUACUGAAGUUCUGCUCAAGAGUCACAUUCAGUACUUAAAGAAAUCUGGCUGCCCAGCGAGAUUUGGUAACCCCGCAAAGCUCUUACUGUGCUGCAAACUCAAGAUCACGGCAAUUCUUGUGAUUCUGGAAAAGGACCCUCCAUCUGUUUCAGCACUGUAGUCUUGAAUUGGUUGUGUGUCUAAUUGUUGCCACCUUUGUUUUUUGUAACUAAGAUGACUAGUGGUUUAGCAUCAUCACCAGUUUACUGUCUUGUGAGGCUCUCUGGUUUGCCCUACUUUAUACAGUAAGUAACAUGCGUGCAAAAUAUUCUGACCUGUAAUUUUCCAGUAUCUGUUAUGGCUCAGAUAUGAAUCAUCCAUAUACUUACUGCCAAAGAGAUACACACAUAACUUCCUUCAAAUCUGCUUUUUGACUGAGAUGUAGUUAAAAGUUUGUGAACCAUUGGUUUUCAGUGGCAAAGGAAGACUAUUCAACCUUAAGAAAUAGGUGUAAAAAAGAUCACCAUAUUCAACAAAAAGGAAACAUCUGGGAAGCCAAGGAGAAAGGAGAUUAUGUCAGGAAAGUGCUUCUCUAUAUGUGGUUCCCAGAUCAACAGCAUCAACCUUACCUGAAAAUUUAAUUCUCGGACCCCACACCCAAAGCCUACUCAAACAGAAAUUCAGGCAGUGAUGCUUAGCGAUGUGUGUUUUAACAAGCUCUCUGAUGCGUAUGUAAGUUUGAGAACCACUGUGCU